CGACGACAUUGCCACUAUUAUCCAAGCCCAGGGCAAAAACUCAGCAGAUACCCACUGGACUCCGGUUGUCCACGGUUACCCAGAUCGUACCACCCUCCGAAUCCUCUCCGGAAGAUUAUUCCCACGACGCUCGAAAGACGACAUAACAUUAUUCUUUCUUGCCUAUCAAAAUGUCUAGCGAGCCCCUUCCGUCCUCUUUGGAGGAUAGCCCUAACUUCCAGGAGGAAACUGCCCUCCAGAAGUUCCGCAGACGCUUCAAGGAAGAGCCCUUGAUUCCACUAGGAUGCGCCGCCACUAGUUACGCGCUCUACCGCGCCUACCGAUCUAUGAAGGCCGGCGACUCGGUGGAGAUGAACAAGAUGUUCCGUGCUCGUAUCUACGCUCAGUUCUUUACGCUUGUUGCCGUGGUUGCCGGAGGUAUGUUCUAUAAGACGGAGCGACAGCAGCGCAAGGAAUUCGAGCAAGCGGUGGAGGCGCGCAAGAGUCAAGAGAAGCGCGACGCUUGGCUGCGCGAGUUGGAGAUUCGAGACAAGGAAGACCGGGACUGGCGAGAGCGCCAUGCCGCCAUCGAGUCGGCGGCUAAGGAGGCUAGCAAGGCGUCUGCUGCUAAGCCGGUGCCCGAGCAGGAUGCCGCUCGGUCGGUUGUCGAGCCUACUGAGCAGAAGUCUAUCGGAGUUCUCGAUGCCGUCCGGGAGCUCAUGUCGAGGCAGAGGUAAAAUGUGAGCGAACAUGGUUGAAAAAUUGCUGGACUGUAUCGUUCCUGGUUUGGGUAUCAUAUUGUACAUAUAUACAUUUAGGUGUUAUUCUGCAUGAGAUCAUCUCGUCUCC